UUUCUCCGGUCGUCGCUGACUCGCUGUUUUGCUUUUCCUGCGUACCCCGAAAUCCCCUCCCCCAUCUUCCCUGAAAAAAUCAAAAAUCCUCUUCCCCGUCGGCCGCCGGCGAGGGUCUCAAGCACUCUUUGCUUCUCGUGCCUUCUACCACAAUGAAAGCUAGCGAAUCCAGAAAGGCGAGAGGCCGUGUGAAAUGGGAUGAAGAGAACCUGAAUGAUAUUGAGUCAACCAAACCUGAAAGAGAGAAAAUCACCGAGCCUAAGACACCGUACCACCCCAUCAUUGACGAAGAUGAAGAAAUAUGUAUUGAAGAGUCGGUGGAUAAAUCAUCUCGGGCUGACGCCAUAACAAGUGCCUUGAUGGAAGCUGUUUCUAGUGGAAAAUUUUCAGCAAGAGAUAAUUGGGAGUCAUGUGGUAAUGAAGAAGAAGCUGUAAAUCAAGACAAAGAUUUUGAAGAACACCGGAAGGCUCACUAUGAUGAAUAUCGCAAGGUGAAGGAACAUCUUCAGAAGGGAACCCUGUCUGGUGAGACUGAUGAAGAUGUGAACUCCAAAAUGCCAAUCAACAAACCAUCGACAUGUUGACUACUGGUUGGAAGUAUUUCAGGUUGGAAGGAUUAGGUUCAUUAGCUAGCGUUGAACUGAAACUGCUCCAUGUUUUCCGGUCCAAGAAACCUUGUCUUCCUUGUAGCCUUUUAUGUUCGGUGAAAUUUUGGCAUGUGUGUAGCUGAGAGUUCAUGGUGAUGUGAAUGGAAAUAAUAUGUUGGCUAUUCUCUGAA